AAAGGGAUUGGAGGCCUUGCAUUUUUUCUAGUAGUUGGCACUUGGCUGUUCUGGGGAUAUAAUAAAUGGAAGCUCAUCAAACUCAAACAGAAGUUCUUCAUGCAAAAUGGAGGUUUGAUGUUGCAACAACAACUAUCCAACCACGAAGGAUCUACAGAAGUAGCUAAAAUUUUUACAGCUGAAGAACUUGAGAAGGCCACCAACAACUUUGAUGAAAGCAAAAUUAUAGGUCAAGGAGGUUAUGGAACAGUGUACAAAGGAACUCUUAGAGAUGGGAGAAUUGUUGCAAUCAAGAAGUCCCACAUUAUUGAUCAAAGUCAAAAUGAGCAAUUCAUAAAUGAAGUGGUUGUUCUUUCACAAAUCAACCACAGAAAUGUGGUGAAGCUAUUAGGUUGUUGCUUAGAGACAGAAGUUCCAUUGCUAGUUUACGAAUUCAUUACCAAUGGCACUCUUCACCAUCACAUCCACAAUAAAAGUAAGGCUUCAUCAUUGACUUGGGAAAUCCGCUUAAGGAUAGCAACAGAAACUGCAGGAGUACUAUCAUAUUUGCACUCUGCAGCCUCCACACCAAUCAUUCAUAGAGAUAUAAAGUCUACAAACAUACUCUUAGAUGAUAGCUACACAGCAAAAGUAUCUGAUUUCGGUACUUCAAGGUUGGUUCCACAAGACCAAGCUGGAAUAUCUACAGUUGUUCAAGGAACUAUUGGAUACUUGGACCCUGAAUACUUGCGUUCAAGCCAAUUAACAGACAAAAGUGAUGUUUAUAGCUUUGGAGUUGUCCUUCUUGAGCUUUUGACUGGAGAAAAGGUGUUUUCCUUUGACAGAAUAGAGGAAGAGAGAAAUCUUUCCAUGUGUUUUCUUUCUGCAAUGAAAGAUAAUUGCUUGGGAAAAAUUCUUGAUGGUUGUAUAGUGAAUGAAGCAAACAUUGAGCAACUUAAUGAGGUAGCUAACCUGGCAAGGAGAUGCUUGAGUGUGAAAGGGGAGGAAAGGCCUACAAUGAAGGAAGUGGCCAUGGAAUUAGAGGGAAUGAGAAGGAUGACAAAGCAUCCAUGCGCGAAUGAUGAAUUGGAUGUAGAAGAGGCAAAGAACUCGCCAGGUGAAACAUCUAAUAAAUCUGGUUAUGACUUUGAUGUUAGUGGUAGCAUGAGUGUCGUCUCCAAUACCUUUCCAGAUCAAGUAGGAUUUGCAGUUCACAGUGGGAGAUAACCAAAAGUUUCUUGGUGACUGGUUGAUGCCCAUCUAUUUUACUGCCUCAUAAAAUCCAAAAAAAAAAAAAAAAAAAAAAAGGGGGAAUGGAAGAGACCACAUCUUGCAGAUAGGAUUCUCUUCCUAAUUUUCAAUAUAUUGUCCUCGGUAUGUACCGUGUGAUAAAAGAGUGAAUUUUACUUAGAUCCUUAAUUGCUAAUAUUUUAAUUAUGUUAAUUGUAUUGGAGCCAUGUAAUGUAAUUUGUCUUUUUCUAUUUCAGUAGAUAGUGGCCAGAACCACAAGUUUAUACAAUAUAAGAAGCAAGUUCCAUAUAUCAGUAAAUGAUAUCAAAUGAA